CUUUGGGCGUCACGGUCUUCUUUUUGAAGUCGUGAUCGGGGCGUAGAGGAUAUAUACGAUCCUUACAGCGACGACGUGCACCAGCUAUCUCGAGACUUGCAUCAAGAAGCCCUGUAACCGCACAGCCCAUCAUUGAAUCUCGUCGGUUGAACGGGCCAACACCGGGCCCACAUGAAACAUCUACAGGAAUGUAUAGUACAACACUAUAUUAAGUCUAAAACUUGAUUUUGGAGUCGAGGGCUAAUCUCAUUACGGGCAGUAUUUGGCUUGUAUAUAACAGAUCACAUUCUCAACGCCUUUAUUCUGUUGAAUUUUGCCUCGUCGCGAUGGACGUUACUAACUCGGAAAUGCAGCAAGUGCUGUUCAACAUGUAUAUCAUCCUGGCGGGAAACAGUAUCCUGAUAUACGACCAUAUGGUGACCCUACCAGAAGAAAUCGAUUUUAUUUGGCGUCGUCCGAAAACCCUGUCGGCGAUGUUAUUCCUGCUCAAUCGUUAUACCGCUCUGCUCGCCAGUAUCUCCAGCUUAAUCGUGGAUUUUCAGCCUAUGAUUUCAGAUGAGAGCUGUCGGAAUUAUUCGCUAUACAGGGAACUGGCUCUUUUCCUCCAGGGAAUAAUCGUUUGCAUCACAAUGGCUAUGCGCACAUAUGCUCUUUAUUGCUGUAGCAAGCGCCUGCUUGCUUGGAUGGUAAUCGUCAUGGUUUCUCUUGCGGGAGUGUGUUGUGCGAAUACAUUUGGACAAUAUUCAGACGAUUUGGUCAUUGUGCCAGGAAUUGGCUGCGAUGAAACAUUUUCAAAAACAGUAGCCAUCCGAAUUGGACUGGCAUAUGUGGCCGAGUUUAUCUUCGAUUUAUUCAUCUUCAUACUCACAGUGCACAGGUAUUGCAAAAUUAGAGGCUUGCUGUGGCUGUUUGCAUUCUCCAGGGAAAAUAUCAUCGAUACCAUGUUUCACGAUGGUGUGAUGUUUUUUGGAGCGAUGACACUGACCAAUAUACCGAACAUCCUGUCGUACUACUCCGGUUCGGUUGGCAUGAGAGGGACUUUUUGCACAUUUACUGGCUGCAUUUCUGUGACUCUCAUUUGUCGGUUGAUGCUUAACCUGCACCAGACUUUCGAUGCUGGCAUUUUCUCCAUCCCUGCUCAGGACGAUGGCCCAAGCCUCGCCGUCCUUACCACCAGGAUCGAUGUACAGUCCACGUUUUCUUCCCACAAUUGAUAGGCGAUAUUGGAUUCUGCUCCUGGAUGCGGAGUGGCGGGGCUUCUCCCUUGAGGCGGAAGGCUGUUCUUUUAGUUGUUUUCUUAAGCGCAGCACUGGGCGGUGCUUAAUGUAUGUAGAAAUUUCAUUUAUUUAUUGCCAUCUUUGGUGCCUUAGAUAUACCAAUUAUUAGCUAAUAUUUAUUGUACAUGUGCUCGUCCUUGCGGUUUGCAGUCUUGUGCGAGCCCGUCAUGAUCGUGGGGGCUCCCAACAUAUGUUCACG